AAAUGACUUGCCCACGACCUCACUUCCCUCACGUGUCCGAGUUGCUAACCAGUGAUUAGGGUUGCUGGUUGAUGAAAUUAAGCAAAACUAAGUAGCCUGCAUGGUGUGAGGCCAUCUAGUUUCAAAAGGAACAGCGCCCCGUAACAGAGCCAGCUGGAAAAUCCAGGAGUAUGGAAACAUACAGAUGUGGGUGUGCAGUGACAGCUAUGCUGGGUUGCCAUCCGUAUCAGCUAGCUGACUUGUGGGAGCAUCUGUAAGAGCAAUGACAGAAAAAGCAAACAACUUUCCUCCACUGCCAAAGUUUAUCCCUCUGAAGCCCUGCUUCUACCAGAACUUUUCUGAUGAGAUUCCAAUAGACCACCAGUUUAUCGUGAAAAGGAUUUACCAUUUAUGGAUCUUUUACUGUAUCACCCUCGUGGUGAAUCUCGUUGCCUGCCUCGCUUGGUGGAUUGCCGGUGGUGAUGGAGUGAACUUUGGCCUAGCAGUGCUUUGGCUGCUUCUCUUCAGUCCCUGCAGCUAUGUGUGCUGGUUCCGGCCUGCCUACAAAGCCUUCAGGGCUGACAGCUCUUUUAAUUUUAUGGCCUUCUUCUUCAUCUUUGGUGCACAGUUUAUCCUGACCAUCUUUCAAGCAAUCGGUUUCCCCAAAUGGGGAGCAUGUGGCUGGUGGUCGGCAAUCUUCUUCUUCCAGACAAACGCUGCGGCUGCCGUGUUCAUGAUCUUCCCGGCCAUCAUGUUCACCCUGUCAGCAGCCAUGAUGUGUGUGAUCCUUGUGAGGGUGCACAGAUUCUACCGUGGCUCUGGGGGCAGCUUUCAGAAAGCCCAGGAUGAGUGGACCACCGGCAGCUGGAGGAACCCACCCACCAGGGAAGCACAGUUCAGCAACUUCUCAGGCAACAGCCUGCCCGAGUACCCCACAGUACCCAGCUACCCCUCUGGGAGCCACUGGCCUUAGAUGGAGCCCGGGGGCCUCUGCCCCUGCCUGGUGCCCCGCCAUGGCCAGCACCUUCCUUUUGCUAAUCUUGAUUUGAAAGUUGGUUUGCAUUUAUUCUCCCCACCCCCUCCCCCAUCAUCCAGUGGGGGUUGGAAAGGGGGAAAGGUUAUUUUACUUUUCUGUGGAAGAGGCCAGCUUCCCCAGCAAUGAGGCUUCCUUUGGAGCAUCCUUUAGAGUUUGGCACAUAACAUUUAUCUGUGCCUGGCUGCCAGUAUUUGUUCAUCUCACUUCAGUCACUUUGCUGUCACUGGCCAGGGAGCCUUCUGCACCCAGCUUACAGCAGUGACAACAUGGCUCCCCUAGAAAGGCUCUGUUACUAAUUGGCUUCAUUGACCUUGGCCAUUCUUACCCUGAGGCCCUCCUUCUUCCUCUUCUGUUAAGCCCAUCAGAAACCCCAGACUCAAAAGGAGUCGUGGGUUGGGGGCCCUCGCCUUGGACACCCCCUCUUUCUCACCCUGACAGCUGAGCAGGAGUCAGGUUCAGACAGGCUCUGGGGCCAGCAGCACCCCCCCAGGAGCCAGGAAGUGAGAGAACUGAGAUUACCUAAGGCAAGACUGAGUCAGCCAGAUGCAGCCCUGUUGGCAAAAGAGCCUGAUUUGCAAUUACUCCGCAUUAAAAACCAUAAAGAUUAUUUGAAAUUCCACCAUCCCCCGAACUUCUCCCUGCCAAGGUGCAUAGUGCACACGUUGGACUUGCCAGCAGGGGAAGAUUGCGUGGCAGGGGGACCUCCUCAGAAGAUGCCGCAGACUGGUCCGUUGCCUCUGUCUUGGGCCAUCGUGGUCAGCCUCGAUCAGACCGAAUCACUCUUUUAGGCGACUUCUUGUAACCAGUUUCCAGAUCAUCUCUUAGAAGCCUCUAUAACUUCACCCUAGACUAAUAACAUAGGAAGCUCAUGGUGCUUUUGUAUUGAUUUGGUUAGAUUUGGUUGCAGGGGGGCAGUUUGCCAGGACCAGGAACCUUCUGCAAAGACAGAUAAACUGAAAUCCCUUCGUUGGGUGAAUUGGUGGAGAGUGGGUGGGCAUUUUCUGGGAGUAUGAGGGCCUUCCUCUCUACAUUUGAGGAAAAAUAAAAAGAUAAAGGGAAAACGGUUCUUUUACUGAAGUCAGGCUAGGGAAAUUGCAUAUUGGUGCACGUCUACUGCCUAUGUCCUGACAAAUACCGGACUAAAGUCAGAAAAAGAUUCCUCACCCUUGGAGGCCUUUUCAGGAAGUGUGACGGUCUUCCUUUUUCACUUACAAGUUUGCAUUGCAAUUCCCUUUCUCUUAACCAGUAAUAUAUUUGGGGCUGCUGAAGGGUUCCCAGGAACACAAUAUAAUCUUGUCAUCUCCCUUUGAUUUUUCUUCCAGUUAUUGACUCAGGUUUGGGGCCAGAGUAAGGAACUGGGCCAGUUUGUAAUCUCUUUCGUCACAGACCCGGCUUUCUGCCACGGGGAUCCCCAGACACUAUGUGACAGGUUCUCACAAACCCAAACGAGAAGACCAGGCUGGGGUUUUCUACAAACAUGAUUCUCAUACGUUCAUGACAAUGCUGCAGCUGUCUCCUGGUGCAAGAGCCUCGAAUGGAAGGAACCAGGGAGGCCAGGGGCUUCUCCCCAGGCCUUGGAGAUGGUUGGUUGGCUGUAGCCUAAGAGGUGUGAGGCUGCCCCAAAAGCCGAGCUCUCUGCUGGGUUGUUUGCUUCCCCAUUGUCACCUGCAGCCUUGCCCAGCAGGGCACACCCUCGGAGGGCACCGCACUGCUCUCACACAUUGACCUUGCCCUCAAGUGAGCUUUCAGUGGAAAAGAAUUACUACAAGUCUAUGUGCCUUAAGAAAGAACUAGAAAAAACUUUUUUUUUGUAAGAUUUUAGGUGACAGGUUUUGUCCCCCUCCUUUUGGUCAGUUCUCACAUUUUCCUGAAGGAUUUUGUAAACAUUUACAGAACUGAAGUUGACAGGUAGUCACUCAGAUCUGUGGGACACCUUUGUUAACAGGCCAAAAACCAAAGUUCUUUAACUUUUAGCACAACAAAGGCUCCCUAAGAUUUUUGUUCCUGAGAUGUCCGUGGCUUCCCCAGAACAGUCGUAGCCUUCAUUUCCUCUCGAUUCCUAAAAGAUGAUGGCUGCUUUCCCACUUCACUCCUUUGUAAACACAGAGACUGCUGCCGUGUUCUCCCUCCCCUCUGUCUAUGUGAUGUGCACAGAACGAAUGUUCCAGGUGACUGCCGCCCCUCUCUCUCUCCAAAGCGGGCAGACCACGUGGCCUCUCAGUGCAGAACACUGGCUUGAAGGACACUGUGUAAACCAUCGUGGCUUAUUUUUGUACUUAAUUUUUUAAUCUAUAUUUCUAUUAGACUUGUAUGGAAUUAACCCUGGGUGAGGGGAAAAUAGCUUUUGGAGUUAGCCAACGGGUUUGUUUCCUCUCCCCUCUUUUGCAUCAUGUUAUAUUGUGGUGGUUUUUGUUAUGCGAAAUCAUCCUUAAAAUAAAUCCCUUUUUCUGCAUCAGACGGAUGGAGUCAGCUACA